GUUACCCCGAGCCGCGCGCUGCCGCCGGCCCCCGCUUCGCGCGCUGCUCCAGCCGCAUGGGAAGUUGGAGACAUGGACGGGGUCGUGCUGGCGUGGACCGCCGUCUUCUGGCUAACAGCCAUGGCUGACGGCCUUCAAGUCACGGUGCUCGACAAGAAGAAGGUGGCCAUGCUCUUUCAGCCCACUGUGCUCCGCUGCCACUUCUCCACGUCCUCCAGGCAGCCUGCUGUCGUGCAGUGGAAGUUCAAGUCCUACUGCCAGGAUCGCAUGGGGGAGUCCUUGGGCAUGUCCUCUCCCCGGGCCCAGUCUCUCAGCAAAAGAAACCUGGAAUGGGACCCCUACUUGGAUUGCUUAGACAGCAGGAGGACUGUCCGCGUGGUAGCUUCAAAACAGGGCUCGACCGUCACCCUGGGAGAUUUCUACAGGGGCAGAGAGAUCACGAUCGUGCAUGAUGCAGAUCUUCAAAUUGGAAAACUCAUGUGGGGAGACAGCGGACUCUAUUACUGUAUCAUCACCACCCCUGAUGACCUUGAGGGCAAAAACGAGGACUUGGCGGAGCUGCUGGUGUUGGGCAGGACAGGGCUGCUUGCUGACCUCUUGCCCAGUUUUGCUGUGGAAAUUAUGCCAGAGUGGGUGUUCGUCGGCCUGGUGAUCCUGGGAGUCUUCCUCUUCUUCGUGCUGGUGGGGAUCUGCUGGUGCCAGUGCUGCCCGCACAGCUGCUGCUGCUACAUCCGCUGCCCGUGCUGUCCCGAGUCCUGCUGCUGCCCGCAGGCCUUGUAUGAAGCAGGGAAAGCAGCAAAGGCCGGGUACCCUCCCUCUGUCUCCGGUGUCCCCGGCCCUUACUCCAUCCCCUCUGUCCCCCUGGGAGGAACCCCCCCAACCGGCAUGCUGAUGGACAAGCCGCACCCGCCCCCCCUGGCACCAAGUGACUCCACGGGAGGCAGCCACAGUGUUCGCAAAGGUUACCGGAUUCAGGCUGACAAAGAGAGAGACUCCAUGAAGGUCCUGUACUACGUCGAGAAGGAGCUGGCUCAGUUUGAUCCAGCCAGAAGGAUGAGAGGCAGAUAUAACAACACCAUCUCCGAGCUCAGCUCCCUGCAUGAGGACGACAGCAAUUUCCGCCAGGCCUACCACCAGAUGAGAAGCAAGCAGUUCCCUGUGUCCGGGGACUUGGAGAGCAAUCCUGACUACUGGUCCGGGGUCGUGGGAGGCAGCAGCGGGGCCAGCCGGGGGCCCUCGGCCAUGGAGUAUAACAAGGAGGAUCGGGAGAGCUUCAGGUACAGCCAGCAGCGCUCCAAGUCCGAGAUGCUGUCGCGGAAGAACUUCGCCGCCGGCGUCCCCGCCGUGUCCAUGGACGAGCUGGCCGCCUUCGCCGACUCGUACGCCGCGCGCUCCCGCCGGGCCGACGGCGACAGCCACGAGGCGCGGGGCGGCGGCCGCUUCGAGCGCUCGGAGGCGCGCGCGCUGGGCGGCUUCUACCCCGACGGCUCGCCCGACGAGUACUACGGGCCGCGCGGCCGCAGCCGGGAGCCCCUGGGCGACGCGGGCCGCGCCUGGGCGCCCAGCCCCCCGCGCCGGCGGCCGGACGACGCGCCGCUGCCGCGCCUGGUGAGCCGCACGCCGGGCACCGCGCCCAAGUACGAGCACGGGCCGCGCGCGGGGGGGCUGGAGCGCCAGGCGCGGCCCGAGGGCGCCAGCCGCGGCGGCAGCCUGGAGACGCCGUCCCGGCUGAGCGCGCAGCUCGGCCGCCGCAGCGCCUCCUACUACGCCUGGUCGCCGCCCUCCACCUACAAGGCGGCCGCGCCGCAGGACGACGACGAAGACGACGACGACUCCGCCGACGACCCGCUGCCGCCCUACAGCGAGCGCGAGCUGAGCCGCGGCCCGUCCUACCGCGGCCGCGACCUGCCCUACCACAGCAACUCGGAGAAGAAGCGCAAGAAGGAGCCCGCCAAGAAGACGAGUGACUUUCCAACCAGGAUGUCCCUUGUGGUCUGAUGUUUGUUUUGAAGACACUUCUCUGGCUGACUAGAAAUCAGAAGCAGCCCACGGGGACAAGACACAAACCUAAGAGCCAGCAGGCCCGGGACUUUCUCUGGCCGCCACCUCGGAAGAUUUGCUGAUCUUUGCUUUGCCAAGGGAUGGGGGGGCAGCCUUUAAGGAAGGCUGAUUCCAAACCUCAGCAUACAUCCAGCUAGUAUGCGAAACUCAAGAAGAUGACUAUGUGUGAGAACAUUCCCACACAUGGAGUGUCUUACCCACUGAGUUCAUCCUGCCUGAUGUUCUUCCGUAGCUGAACCAGGAUUCCUUUUCCAAUUCUGAAAGGGAGUUAGCUCUGGACUGCUGAUCUCUAGAAACUGCCUCGUCCUCCAGUAUGUUCUUCUAUGCCUCCUGUGCUGUGCUUAGAGACAGAAAAACAUUACUACUAUUAGAAGAAGGUCUUGUACUGACAAUAGAAGAUAGCUUUAGGCAAAAUAUACCUUUUAUCCCCAUCUCCUGCCAGUCAUGGGGCAAUGACUAUUGUUACACUAAAAUCAGAGGGCCCUUGGUGAGCUCAGUGACAGUGACCUGCAGGACAAUCACAGAAAUGACUUCAAUUUGCUGUUUUGAAUGACAGCUCUUAAGUGGCUAGAUCAAGACAAAAGAGAGUAUCCCUUUUUGAAAAGCGGUGUAAGUGCUAUUUCUUUUUCCAUUCUGAGAACUUAAACUGCUUUUUCUCGUUCCGCUGUGCACAGUGACAUCCGAGUCUUGGACGUUAAGGGCUCUCCUCGUCCUCCCUUCCCCUAGACUUUCCGAACGUUGGUGCCGCCCACAGAGUCCCCCUUCCCUCUGCACUCUGAUUAAAUUGUCAUCAGGUGCCUUUCGAAAAAUGCUUAAGAUACACACAUGAAAGAGAGGAGAAAGGAAAAAAAAAAAAGAAGAAGAAAGCAGUUAUGCAAAAUAGAGACAAGAAUUUAAGAGGAAAAGAAUCUGUGAUCUCACUCUAUUUUGAACGUGGGCCAUUUCCCCCACAAUUUCAGACCCCGAUGUCUCUGGUUUUGUACUUUAUUCGCCAUGAGCUGUUCCUGCCGUCCCAGCUCUGUCACUCCAGGACCCCAGAGAUGGGUGGAACGUGCGUCCUUUCGCCUCGCCACACUGGCUGCUCCAGAUGUGCUGGGAAACGAGGGAUCUUGUUCUCUCAGGAAGGAGCACUUCCUAGUCCCACCCUGGCCUAAAUGAUAGAUUUUGCCUAAAUCCCAAAUCUAGAUAUUUCCGGAUUUUGCAGUUUUUAGAGAUCGCAAGAAAUGGCCACACUUUCUUCCCUUCUCAGCAAGAGGUGCAGUCCGUUUCUCCACCCGUCCCAUCUGGGAUGGGCCAAGAGAUUGGAUUUGGCCAGUGGCCCAAAACAAAUGUAACACAAGCAAAGUCCUGAAAAAGUCCUGUGCAUGGGGCCUAUUUUCUCUUGCAGUCGCCACGAGGUGAACAAGCCUGGGCUGUCCCGCUGCAUGAUGAGAAGAACAGGCCCAGUACCCCGUCCGUCCCAUCUGACAGCCUGUCCAGUCUCCGCUGAUUGCAAACAGCUGUGUGAGCCGCCAAGCCUCAUGGGACAAUGGCCUCGCUGAGCCCAGCCCAAAUUCUUUCCAACCCAAGGCACGAGAAGUGCGUGCACCCUUUCAAUGUUCAUUUCUCUUCAAGGACAAGCUGUUUCUCCUUGACUCGUGUUCGUCCCUUAAUCCCCGACUCCAUCUCACCUUAGGUGUCUCACGUUCUCCACUUUCUUUGGCAAACAUCUGCCCAAGCUUUUCACGCUGCACCAUUAUGGAGGCACACAUGCUUGGGUCAAAAAUCACUGGGAGACAAUGAUGCUCGGCCUCCCAGCAGUGGUCAGCUUUCUGUCUUGGAGUCCACGGGCAACCUCUGAAGGCUUCUUCUUCAACAUCUUCUUGGUCUUGUCCAGAGCCGCCUGACGUCUUGGAGUCCACGGGCAACCUCUGAAUGCUUCUUCUUCAACAUCUUCUUGGUCUUGUCCAGAGCCGCCUGGCCGGAGCUGGGCCCUAGUGUCAGGGCACCGUUCCGCCGGCAUCUUUACUUCGCGGCCUGUCCAAAACAGCCCUACAUGUGCAAGGAAAUGAAGAAGUGGCUGGUGAAGGUCGGGAGCAUGAGUUGCUAUCCUUGCCUGGAGGAGACCUGGCCUACCGAAGGACUUUGUGGUGGCUCUGGCCUGAGAGGAACCAGGGACAGCUCAGCCCAGUGCUGGCACUUCCAAGGGCAGGAAGACACAUGCCAUAACCUGGUGCUGAGCGUUAGACUUGCUGGUGUCCCCGGCCUCGGAGAGCCGAGAUCCCGUCUGUUUGGGCCCCACAUCAGAUGGGAAAGAUGACUAAACAUCAUCAUUUCUUAGUCACCAGCUUUGGAUUCCAACUUGCUCAGGCAAUCCUGGAGAAUAUUGGGUAGCUGCAGAGCUAUUAUCUCUUCAACUGAGCACUGUGUCAGGCUUCUCUCCACCAAAGAGCCCCAUAGCACCAGCUGCAGAGACCAGACAUACUGCUUUUGUUCGCCGAGGGCAUGUAGGAUUUUGGAGAUGGUUCGGGGAGUCAUAGGGAAAGAAUUACUAAAAUUGGAAACCUGCAAUUCCAAAGAGAACAAAACUAUAGACCAUACAAUAAAACACGAAGACAACAGGCUCCUGAAAUAACCUGGGGAGACAGGACCAGGUUGUCCCCUGUCAGGCUGCAUAAAGCCCUGAAACUUCCAGAGAGAGAGAGAACACUGUUGUUUCUGGUAUGUGGAUAGAGACAAGAACUGGCUGGACAAGUAAAGGCAAAGCUGGCCAUCCUCGGCACCCUAGCUUUUCCCAGCGGGUCCUUUAUUUUCUUCCCUGAAUAGUGUUUCCCACAGAGGAAGGGCUUAUAAAUAUUAGCUUCCUUCCUAGCUUUUUCUGGGGGUACAGAAUGUCUUGCAUAAGGCACGAUCUCUGUCCAUUGGGACCCUGCAGUUGAAGAGCGGAAAUAAGACAUGCCCAAGAAAGAAGUAGGAGAAUUUAUGCACAUAACGUGAAAUAUUGCUAUGGAUAACAACAAACCCAGAGAAUUAAAGUUUUUAAAUUUAAAUGGGUAUAUUUUGAUAUUUAAAUGUUGUGUGUGUUUGUCUAUCCAUUGUGUUUAAAGAUAAGCUCAACGUUCUGAAAAGCCAGUCUUAAAAAAAGAUCUGACUGGAAGAGAUGAAUUGGGACGGGGAGCGGUACAGGCAGAGGCCGGGAGGGAUGAUGCCGGAGCUGCUGUGUGCCUGUGAGUCACAGCUGAGUCAGGGAUGUGUUGGAUAAGGGGGUGUGGACGCAGGUGGCAAGAGGUGUCCCCUAGAACAGCUUCUUUUAGGCCAUGCAUAGGUUCACUAGGAAGCUGGGGACGUGUUCCCCGGACCUGAGGGUACGUGUCAGCCGAUCUUCCUGGGCACGGUCCCGGGGAACUGGGCAUCUGCUUUUCCAGGGGCUCAGUUCUGCAGCCGUGAGUGCUGCUGGCCACCCUCCCCAACGCAGAGAAAGUCUGGCAGAGAUAACGCGCCUCUCGUCUCCCUUCACGUCGUCCUCACUGGGCACGUGGGGGCCCUGCCCCUCUAGCCCGAGGCACUCCGAGCGGCAAACACCUAGCCCUGUCUGUAAGUAUUUCUAAAUACUCUGACUAGGUUACCUGAUGGCCUUCAGAGGCUGACGCUGUAGAUAUUGUUGUGAUCCAUCCCUUCUCUUUAAGACGGAGAAAUAAACCAGCAUUGCCAUUAGUGAAGUUGCAAAUCUCAUUAGGCCUUUGGAUUCCAAGCCUAUAAAUCUCUUCUGCUGGACCUGUGUUUCCCCAAGUUUCCUAACCAUACAAAUUCCGUGAUUGCUGUUAAAAAUAAUACUGCCGGGCCCCACGCACCCUGGAGAUUGAUUAGGUGGGUCUGGAGUGAGUAUGGGUUCUUUUAACAAAUAUUUCAGAAGAGCCCUGUGAUCAGAGGCAUUUGGGGAAUGCAGCACUAGAUGGGUCAUACCUGUGGUGGGCCCCGAGCAGCUGGUCCUCAGGCUUCCUGGGCUCGGAGGACGUCCGCACAGGUCCUUUCUCUGCCCCGGGGCCGGCAGUGGUGCAGCGCCCAGCAGUCUGGCUGCCACGGUGGUGACUGGCUCACCAGGGUCCAGAGGUGGGAGAACUCUGUGAGGCAGAGAGAAAGGAAGGCUGGUAAUACCCCCCAGGAGCCAGUUCUAGAUGUUUCUAAUCCUAGAAUAAUGAUCUAUUGUGACAAUCUCAGAUCUGACAACAGGAAUUACAGGUAAUUUUCUCAUUCCCUUGAUGUCAUUCUGAGCAAAACUUAGAUCAUGAGUAGAAAGAAAAGAGACCACUGGGGAAAUGGCAAAUCAUUUUUUGAAGUGUUCAAAAAUAUUUUGAAGUUGAUCAGCCUGGCUGGUCGACUCCCACUUCCACCUUAACGACCCAAGCGGGGUGGGGAGGAAUAAGAAAAGCUACAUCUUAUAUGCCCUCCUUCCAACAUCAGAUUUAGAAUCUGCCAAAAUCUCGCUAGAGUUUAAAAUUUGACUUAUAGGAUGUGGAGAUCCAAAUUCACCAAAAUAGGGCCCCAGGUACUUAAAGUCCUGGAGGAAAAAAGUGCCUGGUUUUUUGCCUGCUAGGGUUCUACCUCGUCACCUGGGAGGCUGGUCCAUGGAGCUUGCAGGAGAGGCGUUUACCAUCAGAGUGGAACAGACAUAAUGUUGAGCUGCUUAAAGCAGCAUCCUGAGUUCUGGCCCUGCCUGAGGGUGAUAAGUUCAAUAUGGACAGCAUUUGUGCCGUUUUCAUGGUGCAUUACUGUUUACAGAGCACAGGCAUCCUAUCCUUUGGUCCGAACACCCUCCUGCGACCGCGGCAAGGGGGUUGCUGUGGCCUCAUCGAGAAAAGCUGAGUGAUUUGCCAAUAGUCCAAAGGUCUUUAAAGUUGUACAGCCAGGCCCUCUGCCUGUCUAGGGUUCUUCCCCCACAACUGCUGCCACACCCACGGGACUGGUACCCGGCUGAUCCGUCCCUGGUGCAGACAGCCCGGGACCCCGCGCUCAGUCACACGCCCGCCGGCGCCUCGAGGCCGUGAACUUGGGCAGCCUAGCACCACUCCUCCAACAGAGCUCUGCGUGGGAGCCAGUCCCCCUCAAGGACGGUUUCUCUUUCACUAGCUGUGCUGUGAGGGGGAAAAGGCUUUGACUACAAGCUGCUUCAGGUCCCUUUCUGAGGAGGCAUUUCUGAGCCAAACUACAAACUCAUCUAGACUUGGGAUGCCGGGGUUCAGGGGCAACCUGCUUAGAAGUGAACCAUCUGGCACCUUCACUGCAUUUAGGGAUUAGACACUCUCCAAUGAGAACUUUCCCUUUGGGAACACACAAGGGGGGAACAGAAGGAGCAACAAGACAAAGGGGUCAGAAAUCUGUGUCACGAGAGUCACCUGCCCAGUUACUUGUGCCUUGUCUGUGGCAUCAAAACUAAAAUGUUGUAUCACUCUUGCCCAUGAUUUUUUUUCAGUGUCAAACAGAUAAAGUGUAUCUGCUUGUCAUGUUGUAAUCUAAAUAAAGUAUUUCACCUACA